CUGGCCUAAAUUCGCGGCUGCGCGGAUCAGAGAGCGUGCGAUGCGAUGGUCUCGUGAUGGUCUCAGGGGCGAUGAGGGUGCGAAUUAAACUUGGGCACAGUAUCCAAUCAACCCUUACUAGUGUAGCUAGUUUUGAAAAGUUGCUCGAUGGAACUAACGGCGCCGCGAAUCGUCGCACUCGCGCGCAGUCGGCGGUUCUUAUUCAGUGAACUUUUUUCUGGAAGGUUUACGAACAUCGUUUGCCAAGUUUAAUAGAAAAACAGUGUCCGAUUUCCGACAAGCGAGACGGUUGUAGAAAUGAACGUGGGUGGGUGAGUAAUUUCAAACACGGUUUAUCAAUAGAAUUUCACGUGAAAUAAAACGACUACACGUCGUUAUCAUGUUCCCUCUGUGCUCGCCAUCAAAUUCUCGAUCUAUUUAUGAACAUCGGUCCGAACUGAAUUUUUAAUAGAAUUUCCCUAUUAAAAGCGGUCGAACCCGUGGUCGUUAAAUGCUCGUGGCUCGUUUAUUUGCGGCGCUUCGUUAGAUACCCGCUAACGAAUCACGGCCACGCCGUUAGGCGACAAAUUUACGAAUCCCAGAAAUUCGACCUGAGUUAAAAUUAAACCGAUCCGCGUAGAAAAGAAAACUGGCCGCACGUCGACAAGAACGACUUUUUUUUUCCUCAAGGCAGUCGUUAUCGUUUUUGAUAUGUGUCAAUGACACGGUACCGCGCGUGAUUAUCAACGGUGCGAUUAUUAUUCCUGGUGUCCGUCGCGCCCGUGCCAUUGACAUUGCCAGCCUUCGCCAGGUUCUCUUAUGAAUUUUCAUUAAUCAUCGUUCGAUUUAUUGGUAACACUUAUAAUCUAUUAGCAAUUUUCAUUGAUCGACGCGCCUCAAAAAUUAUUACUCCAACUUUUAUCACUUUAUAACAUUUAUAAUUACUAUUGUACUAUAAAGUUACACGUAUGAAUAAUAUCGACUGAGGUCGAGUUAGCUAGUAAGAAAUUUCUCGACGUUUAGUCAUCAGAUUUGCUCGAGGAUUAAAUUGCACCGUCGCUAAUGGUGUUUUUAUUUUAAUCAGUUUUCUUAUCGCGCUCGGACGUUACCCCGUGCAUUGAAACAGCUGGUUCGUUAACAUACGACCCAGAUCCAUCCACCGCAAAUAUUUUCUCACAUCCUACAGAGUGUUGUUUAAAAAAGAAACGAUCGACGCGGUUGCGACCUGCUACGGUUCCGUUGGAAUAAUCAUUCGCCGUGUCUCGAAGAUGGCAAUCAUUUUGUAAGAUCGAUAAGGCUUCUAGCAUGGCGUAAUCGAUAGAUUCUCGUGCAUAAGAGAAUUCAAAAUAUUGGACGGCCGCCAGACGAUGGUGACGUUGACGACGAUAAGCCUGUCGGGCAAGUGUAACGACGCCAAAAUAAGCACGGCGCAACGACCAGAGCAAAUACACUAGGACGUGAACCGUCUUUCACAACAGAAUUAACCGGAAUCAACGUUUUCAAUGAAAAAUAUUGAUUUUAUAUUCGACAGCCGCGCAGAGUUUAAUCCUCGAUCUAUAGAUCCUACAAAAUUGCAAGGAACAUCGAUGUGUCUGACUGACGAAUGACGUGACAUCCGCUUCCUUUUAAUCGUCGUGAGAGAGCAUAAUAUUCAUUAUACUUUCUAUUGCCGUUUGCAAAAUGUGCGAACUCUUCAUCACACUCGUUAGAAAAAUUGAAGUAGUUCUCUUAGCUCUGACUCGUCAAAGAACCCUCCGUCAGCUCGUUGGUUGAUGUUACGAUCAUCAUCUUGACGGCGCAUCAUCGAUAAUCUAUGGAGCCUAGGUCGACGAUGACGAAGAGCCGAGGGAAGCUGAACAACGAGAUUUACUCGAACAGGAUUUCCCUGGCCAACGGUGAACGCAACCAGGGAGUAAAGGGCGUCGUGAACAACUACAGCAUCGUCGCAUCUAGGGGAGAACUCACUCGAAAUAACUGCGCGACGCAGAAGAAGAGCAAAACAGUUGGGAACUCCGGUAACGCUCGCGCCAACCAACGGGACCAUUACGUGGAGAAAGAGUUAUCGAGGAGCGUCGCAGGAUCCACCGACUUCAAAUCCCCGAGGCCCAUACGCAAGUCCUUUUCCGUUCCCGAUUGUCUCAGAGAAGAUCAAAAGACGAGCGAGGAGAGUCUGUUAAAAAAAUCUUCCGCGUUCCUGUCGAGUCUCGCCCACCCGAACAAAAUCAGGGAAAGGAAGUUGAACGACGGCUGCACGAGGGGAAUACUUUCCGCGAACGAUUACUGUGCAAGGAGAACCUGUUCGACGCUGAAGGAUUACAUCGCUGCGUUGAGCGGCGAUUUCGAUCCGUUGUUACGACGUUCGCCGAGCGCGCAAACUUUGUCCGUCGAACGGCAAGAGAGGACCGGUGCUCGGGUGAAGAAAUCGGUGUCCUUCAGUUCGGACACGAGUUUCGAGAAACGCGCCUCCUACGGAAGAGCCGCCGUUCACGAGGUCAAGGUCUAUCACAAAGGUGUCCUACAAGAUCGCAGCGAGAUAAAUAUCGCCACAAAAGUGCCGUCGUCGGAAGGAAUUUCGAAGGGCCGAUGGGCCCUUUUGGAAGCGGCGCGAGAUGCGGACGACGCAGCGCUCAACGAGAUCGCGGGCCGGAUUCGAAAGUUCGGGCUCGGGAACGUGGACGUGAACGUGGCCGAUAGCAGCGGCAGGACCGCUAUAAGCUACCUGGCCGGAAGCGGUGCCACGGCGAUGUUGGAGCUAGCCUUGUCGUUCGACGGGGUGGAUCCGAAUAUUCCAGACAACGAGGGCAACACGCCUUUACAUUUUGCCGCGCAAGCCGGACAAACGGAGUGUUUGAAUGUACUCCUCCAAAGGUGUACAGACAUCGAGCUGGACGCAAGGAACGUUUCCGGUUUCACACCGUUGAUGAAGGCUGCCUUACAGGGUCGAACCAAGUGCGCCAAAAUCUUGUUAUUCGCUGGGGCGAACCCAACGUUGAGAGAUCACGGGAGGGGACUGAGGGCUGAGCAGUGGGCUAGGUUUUGCGGGAGGUACGUCUGCGCCGAGGUGAUCGAGAGGUUCGCCAGGCACCGGCUCUUGGAAAGAUCCACUUCCUGUCGGUGGGGCAGCGAACCGGAACUAGCGGCUAAAGUACUCCAAGGAAAGGUGAUGCCGAUUCCGACGAGCCCUCUCGUCCCACCGUCUUCGGGAUUCAAAUCGAAAAUAAAAAAAGUAUUCCGCACGACUUCUGGCCCGGAUAGAAACUUCUCGUUGGUCUCGCAGCUAACCAGCGCAGCCCUCUGCGCGAGUAGUCCAGCCCUACCGAAGUCCAGCGAAGUCCCUCCCGUAGUAAAGAGCCUCUUGCGGCCUCUCAGCGUUCCGCAGCUCAGGGUAACGUUAGUCGCAUCAGGAGACUUGCUUGAAUCUAAAGAGAAGUACGGUACGAAUUUCACGGAGAAGAUUGAAAAUUCUGUGGUAAAAUCACGAUCGAAGAAGAAAAAAUAAAUUGAUGAACGUCGUCCGCCAGUGAACAAUGGCAGGCCGUAUGAAUUUGAGUAAUGCACAGAGAGCUCGGUUUCUAACGAUUUACGUAACUUUCUAAAAGCGUCGUUCUUAAAUACCGUCGAAACACUCUCUUCUUUAAAUAUCGUGGAUGUGCAUUCGUUAAUUCGUAGAAUCGGGAGAAAGAGUUACUGUUUUACAUUAUCUGUUUGGUUUCAACUGAAAGGCGUGCAACACGUUGUAAUCGUAACUCAGAUUGUUUUCCGUGUAAAUGAUGUAGUCGAUCUUGUAAACGCGGAGAACCUAUUUUUAGUUGGCAAAGGUCAGCUGAGCGCAGAAAUAGGAGAAUUCCUCUCUAAACACCAAAGAGUUAACUAGAAACUGAUGAAGUCGUUCAACGCAACGAUCUCAAAAUUAAAUCCCCGAUGGGUUCCUCUACGAGUUUUUAAGUUUACACAUAAUAACAGGUUGGUAGCCACCAAUUUGUGAUUUUGUAAUCAAUUAAUCGAGUUUUAAAUAAACAUCUUGAUACAAAAA